AUGAAGUUCUCUCUGCUGCUUGCAGCGACCACCACCCUGCUGGGUACGUCGUCUGCAAAGGUACACAAACUGAAGCUUAACAAAAUAUCUCUAUCACAACAGCUUGACCAUGCCAACAUUGAGACCCAGGUCAAGGCCCUUGGUCAGAAAUAUAUGGGCGUCAGACCAUCCCAGCAUUUUAAUGAGAUGUUUAAGGAUACAUCCAAGGCUUCAGGCGGACACAGCGUUCUCGUAGACAACUUCCUGAACGCCCAAUACUUCUCGGAGAUCUCCAUUGGUACUCCCCCUCAGACCUUCAAAGUCGUCCUCGAUACCGGAAGCUCCAACCUCUGGGUCCCAUCGGCCCAAUGCAUGUCCAUCGCCUGCUUCCUGCACAACAAAUACGAUUCAUCCGUCUCUUCCACCCACCGCAAAAAUGGCACCGAGUUUGCCAUCCGCUACGGCUCCGGAAGUCUCUCGGGUUUUGUUUCCCAGGAUGUCGUCCGCAUCGGCGACAUGACGGUGAAUAAUCAGGACUUUGCAGAGGCCACCAGCGAGCCAGGUCUUGCCUUCGCCUUUGGCCGAUUUGACGGCAUCCUUGGACUGGGAUAUGACACCAUCUCUGUCAACCACAUUGUACCCCUGUUCUAUCAGAUGAUCAACCAGAAAUUGCUGGAUAUGCCAGUGUUUGGUUUUUAUUUGGGCAAUUCUGACGUCGACGGCGAUGACUCUGAGGCUACCUUUGGCGGCAUCGAUGAGAGUCAUUUUACCGGUGAACUUACCACGAUCUCUCUCCGCCGCCGGGCUUACUGGGAGGUUGAUCUCGAUGCCAUUAUCUUCGGUAAUGAGAUGGCCGAAUUAGAGAACACCGGCGUCAUCCUCGACACCGGCACGUCCCUUCUUGCAUUGCCAUCUACCAUCGCUGAGCUCCUUAACAAACAAAUCGGUGCCAAAAAGUCCUUCAACGGCCAAUACACCGUCGACUGCACUAAGCGCAGCACCUUUCCCGAUAUAACAUUCACUCUGGCGGGCCACAACUUCACCAUUGGAUCCUAUGAUUACAUCCUUGAGGUCCAGGGUUCUUGCAUCAGCAGCUUUAUGGGCAUGGAUUUCCCCGAGCCCGUAGGUCCCCUUGCUAUUCUCGGCGACGCGUUCCUGAGACGGUGGUAUAGCGUGUAUGAUUUGGGCAAUCAUCAGAUUGGGUUGGCGAAGGCUAGACAGUGA